CUCUGCUUCACAAUCUACUCUACUCCUCGGCGCGGCAGCUCUUCAGCACUCGGAGCACUUUGCGCAAGUCAACAGGACAAACAACCAACAGUCACAGCAGCCUUGCUACGGGAGCGCUCCAAGAUGAGCAGUUCAGACGACGAAUGCACCUGCGGUGCCCGCAAAGAAGAGCGUCCGCUGUAUGUGGUGUCGAUGUAUGCUGGCAACAAGGUCGCACAGAAGGACAUGGAUAGAUUCAAUUGGACAAUUUAUAAAAACAAGGUCAGCAAAGGAAAGGCUGUGAAGAUUGCAACCGCGGCGAAGCAGAUCUUGGCAUCUCCAUCGAGCGAUGAGGAGGACAGCAAAGACAACUCGAUGCCUACCAAGAAGCCCAAUGAGUCCAAGCACGGAGAUGCCAAGCCGGUACACAUCAAGCACGAAUGCGGCUCGCAAGCCUCUCCUGCUGUCUCUGCAGGUGCUGUCGGAAACAGCAAAAUUGGAAGCGACAUGUCUCUUCCAUCCCUGGCCAACUCUGAUGAGGACUUUACGAUGGGCGAGAUCAAGAAGACUGUCAAGCGAAAGCGUGGAGGCAGUACUGAUGUCUUUCGCAGCAAGGAUGACAAUGCAGAGGCGACCCGCAGCUCUGUGAACACCAAGAGAUCUCAUUCAAGCAAGCUUCUUGUGCCCAAGCACAGCGAUGAGGAGUCGCAGUAGGCCCUUUGAAACCCCACAGGCAGGAUGAAGAGGUCGCAGUUUACAAGGGCCACAAGAAGAGAAACGAUGACGUCACUCGACGGAUGAACGGAAGCCUGCACUAGAACCGUCGCCAUCAUCAGCAGGUUUCGUCUCUCGGAUCUGAGGCCGAAAGCACCAAGGCUAUCACAGACGAUGCGUGACUUGAGACAAAGGCCCGCCCCUUUACACUCUGACCAUACUGUACCAAGUGUACCAUUUCGAAUUAGUUGUACAAAUUUGAU